AAGGAAGUUGCACAUGAGGAGGACAGAUCUCUAUGUCGUGUGCAGAGGCAGGAUUUAAGUUGUGUGCGCAACUCGUUGUAAUUUUUGAUUUCGUGCACCCCGAUGUGUCUUAACCUUAUACAGUAUAAUAUAGCUGUAUAGUAUAUCUAUAGGGAUCCUGUUAUAUACUUGUAUACAUCUGUAGUAGAUACAAUCAAGCUGUAGUGCAGGCUUUCAUUCAUUCAUUGGAGAAGUCAGCUAUGUCGCAAGGAGAGCAAGCACAAAGACGAGCAAUGGAGAGCUUGGCUGCUGUCCUCCUCGUAGGGAUCCUGCUCCAGCUCGCCGGCUGCAGCCCUCCACCGGACCCGGUGACCUGCACGCAUGGCACGUCCAACUGCACGGUCACCAACACGUACGGCUCCUUCACGGACCGUACCAUCUGCCACGCGGCCAACGUCGUCUACCCGCGCACCGAGCAGGAGCUGGUCGCGGCCGUGGCGGCCGCGGCGGCCGCCAAACGCAAGAUGAAGGUGGCCACAAAGCACUCGCACAGCGGCCCCAAGCUGGCGUGCCCCGGCGGCAGCGAGGGCACGAUCAUAAGCACCACACGGCUGAACCGGACGGUUUCCAUCGACGCCGAGAGGCAGCUCAUCACGGUGGAGAGCGGCAUGGUCCUCCGGGACUUGAUCCAGACCGCUGCCGCGGCAGGGCUGUCCUUGCCGCACUCGCCGUACUGGUACGGCCUGACCAUCGGCGGGCUCCUUGCGACGGGCGCGCACGGGAGCGGGCUGUGGGGCAAGGGAGGCGCCGUGCAUGAGUAUGUGGUCGGUCUGAGGAUCGUGACGCCGGCACCGGCGUGUCACGGGUUCGCCAUGGUGAGGGAGCUCGGCGCCGAUCACCCGGACCUGGACGCCGCCAAGGUCUCCCUUGGGGUACUCGGCGUCGUCUCCCAGGUAACCCUGGCCCUGCAGCCGCUAUUCAAGCGGUCCGUGACGUUCGUGAAGCGCAACGAGUCGGACUUCACAGCGCAGGUGACCGAGUGGGGCCGUCUCCACGAGUUCGCCGACGUGAUAUGGCAGCCGCGGAACGGCACCGUCACCUACCGCCAGGACGACCGCGUCGACGUCUCGACACCGGGUGAUGGCCUCAACGACUUGUUCCUUUUUCGCCCCGCCCCCACCGCCCUGCUCGUGAGCGGCAGAGCCACGGAGGAGCAGCUGCAGGAGAACGGUACUGAUACCGCCCGGUGCGCGGCGGCGCAGGAGGGGUCCACAAGCCGGCUGCAGGCCUUCGGCUUCACGAACGAUGGCGUCGUCUUCACGGGGUACCCUGUGGUGGGCUACCAGCAUCGCAUCCAGGCGUCCGGCUCGUGCAUCGACGGUCCAGAGGAUGACCUCGGCUCCUCCUGCGCGUGGGACCCGCGCAUCCGGGGACUCUUCAUGUACAACUCCGGCUUCAGCGUCGCACUUUCCAAGGCGCCGGCGUUCGUCGCCGACAUGCAACAGCUCCGGGACCUCAACCCGGACGCAUUUUGUUCGGCCAUCGACAACAGGGUAGGCGUGGUCCUCCGCUACGUCAGGGCGUCCUCCGCAUACCUCGGCAAGCCCGAGGACUGUGUGGACGUCGACAUUCUCUUCUACCGGAGCCACACCGACGGCAUGCCGCGUGCCCAUGCCGAUGUGGUGGAUGAGAUCGAGCAGCUGGCAUUGGGAAAGUACGGCGGCUUGCCACAUUGGGGGAAGAACCGCAACUUCGCCUUCGACGGUGCCAUCGCAAGGUACCCGAAAGCCCAUAAGUUUCUUAAGGUGAAGAACAGGUAUGACCCCGAUGGACUCUUCUCCAGCGAGUGGACGGAUCAGGUGCUCGGUAUCAAUGGAACUCCCAACAUCAUCAAGGAUCGUUGUGCCAUCGAAGGACUUUGUGUCUGCUCUGAUGACUCGCAUUGUGCGCCGGAGCAAGGGUACUUCUGCCGUCCAGGGAAGGUUUAUAAGAAUGCUAGAGUUUGCUCCUCCGAGGAGGAUUAUUAGGGAUGGUGGUACCGCUCACCUUUCCCACCAUUUGUCGGACCCUGGAAUAAAUGACUUUCUUACAGCACCACAUCUAUUAUUCAAGAAUAGUCAUGGUUAUCUACUCGCCUCUGUUUGGUUUGCACCCAUGGAGUAGCUUGUUUGUGAGACGACUCGCCUCUGUUUGGUUUGCACCCAUGGAGUAGCUUGUUUGUGAGACGACUCGCCUCUGUUUGGUUUGCACCCUGGAAGGCUGCAACUUCGCUCUAUUAGGGCAUGUACAAUGGAGGCAGUACCAAGGUGCUGCCACAGCCCAUCCACAUCAGCCCAUGAAAAUGAGACUACUAUUUAAGCUUGCAUCGAUCCAUCGCAGCAAUAGCU